GGGUUUUCCCCUUGAUUGCCAAAACUUUCUUAGACACAAUGUUUUUUGGUAAUUUUGUCAAGUGAAAACAGAGAGAGAGAGUGACAGACCCAUUCCCAUCCCCCACACAUAAAGGUGGUGGGAAAAAAGUUCUUUUUGUACACACUGCGAUGAUGGCGAUGAUGAUGCCUGCAAUCUCCAACAGCAGCAGCAACACCAAUACCAUCACCACCAACAAAAAUUCCCUUCUCUCUUUCUCUAUUCUCCAUUCUCUUUUCUCUUCCUCUUCCUCUGUUCUCUGCCAUCCAUAACCAUGGUUAAUCUCUUUCCCUCUCUCUCUUUCACUGUCAAUUCCAAAUGCAUUUAUGGUCACUACCCAUGAAAGCUAGGAUUCUCGUUUAGCUAUGGAGAAGAAGUGCGGGUGCUGGGCUGUUCUGACACGCAGCGUUAGAGGUGCCUGCAAGUCCUCUACUUCUAGAGACUCUGCUAACACUAUUCCUCGUACUAGUCUUGUUUAUGAUGCAGCUACUGAGACACGUUAUCUAAACGCCAGCAAUAGAGAACUCUGUCCCCCAAAUGAAGCUCAACUAUCAUCAUCUGACAAUCCAAUCCCUCCACCAUCAGAUGACAAAUCCACAUGCCAGUUGCUCCAAUUUGCAUUUCAGGAGCUGAAAGCUGCAACUGGGAAUUUCAGGCCUGAUAGCAUACUUGGGGAAGGUGGAUUUGGGUAUGUGUUUAAAGGAUGGAUAGAGGAAAAUGGUACAGCACCAGCAAAACCUGGAUCAGGAAUUACAGUAGCUGUUAAAAGCUUAAAGCCAGAUGGUCUUCAAGGUCAUAGAGAAUGGGUGGCUGAAGUUGACUUUCUCGGACAGCUUCACCAUCCUAAUCUGGUGAAGCUUAUCGGAUAUUGCAUCGAAGAUGAUCAACGGCUGCUUGUUUAUGAAUUCAUGACCCGUGGAAGUCUUGAAAAUCAUCUUUUUAGAAGGACUAUUCCUCUUCCAUGGUCCAAUAGGAUUAAAAUUGCACUUGGCGCAGCAAAAGGAUUGGCCUUUCUCCAUAAUGGUCCUGAACCAGUCAUUUAUAGAGAUUUUAAGACAUCCAACAUUUUGCUGGAUUCGGAAUACAAUGCGAAGCUUUCAGAUUUUGGUUUGGCGAAAGCAGGGCCUCAAGGAGACAAAACACAUGUUUCUACCAGGGUUGUUGGAACAUAUGGCUAUGCUGCUCCAGAAUAUGUAAUGACAGGGCACUUGACUUCAAAAAGUGAUGUUUACAGCUUCGGAGUAGUGCUACUUGAGAUUUUAACAGGAAGAAGGUCAAUGGACAAGAAACGUCCUAGUGGAGAACAGAACCUUGUGGCAUGGGCUCGACCAUAUUUAGCUGACAAACGAAAGCUCUACCAACUAGUUGAUCCGCGCUUGGAACUGAAUUAUUCCCUUAAAGGUGUACAGAAAGUCUCCCAGUUAGCUUACAGCUGCCUCAGUAGGGACCCCAAAUCUCGCCCUACAAUGGAUGAAGUGGUGAAGGUUCUGACUCCAUUGCAAGAUCUUAACGACCUUGCCAUCUUAUCAUAUCACUCUCGUUUAUCUCAACAGGGAAGGCGCAAGAAAAAAUCUGAUGGAACCCAGCAGCUCGCAUACACACAAUCCAAAAGCAUCAGAGACUCUCCACUACAUACUGGAAAGCAGCGCAGGAUCGCACUACAACCAUAAAAGAGCUUGCUCCAAUUAGGAAGCUGAUUCAAUUCCCAUAAUGAUCUUGUACAUCUCCUCAUAUACAUAGGUAUCCGCACCUAGGCAAGCUAUAUAUAUAGCCCAUCAAACCUUUUUACUGGCAUACAGUAUUUUGAUCUGCUAGAAAUUUAUUGAUAUGAGGAGUACUAAUUAAGGAUUAUUACUUGUUUAAAUGGUUUUAGUUUUAGAUCGUUAAUUGAAGUGAAACUUUAGUUUUGACACAUUACCAAAUCUUGAUGUGAAACUUUUAGUUUUGACACA